ACGGAAAAUUCAUUUUGUCAAUCUCUCUAAUUGCCUCACUCUAUUAUUUCUAUUUGCAGUAUUAGUAAUAAAGUGUUUAGACCACCUCAUAUACAAAUCACUUGUUCGGUGUUAUGUUAUCAGUAGCUAAAAUACACCGCACGCCUUCUUUUUAUCCCAAAAGUUCUAUCUUGUAACCCGGUUACUGUGAUAAGGGUAGAUAGUAAACGUUUAGGAAAACGUAUUUAAUACGUGACUAGAAGUGAUAUCCGGUCCAACCAUAUUUCACAUCCUUAUAUUUCACUAUUUUCAUCCUCCUGUUCUAACAAUCUAAAAGUUUACUAGUCCGAAAUUAUGGCCGCUACUCUACGUGAUAUCAACACCAAUUUUCAAAAAUUGGAAAAGUUCGAAGGUGUGGAAUUUCGAAGGUGGCAGAAAAAGAUGCAUUUUCUGCUCACUACUUUGAAGGUCGUCUAUGUGUUAAGCACCCUGAGGCCGCCCGAGGAUGAUGAAAACGAGGCUUUGGAAACAAGCCGCCGCCGCAUAAAGUGGGACAACGACGACUACAUUUGUCGUGGGCACAUUUUGAAUGGUAUGUGUGAUUCUCUUUUUGAUGUGUAUCAAAAUGUUGAAUUUGCUAAAACGUUGUGGGAAUUGCUAGAAUCCAAGUACAUGACCGAGGAUGCUUCGAGUAAGAAAUUUCUCAUUAGUAACUUUAAUAGUUACAAAAUGGUUGAUUCCCGUCCGGUCAUGGAACAAUUUCAUGAAAUUCAACGUUUAUAUGAUCAACUUUUGAUACACAACAUGCAUGUAAAUGAAACCUUUGCGGUCGGUUCUAUAAUCGACAAAUUACCACUGUCAUGGAAGGAAGUGAAAAAUAGCCUCAAACGCAAAAAGGAGGAUUUGUCAAUGGAGCAACUUGGUCGCCGACUUCAAAUUGAAGAAGACAUUAAGUUGCGUGAAGGUGACAAUGGUAAAAAGAACGACCUUCCGAUUUCCUCUAUAAAUGUUAUGGAGGAGGGACAAUCAAGUGGGACUAAGAAAAAAAAAAGGUCCCGGGAAAUUCACCAAAGGUUCCAAGUUUCAAAAGAAGCCGAAAAUAAGAAAGUAGGCUCUUGUUGGGAAUGUGGUGGUCCACACUUCAAGAGGGACUGUCUGAAGGUGAAGAAGAAGAAGAAGGCCCAAUCGAACGGUCAUCCUAACGGUGGCCAAGACAACCAAGGAUGAUGAAUCCUGGUGGAUCGACACCGGAGCAACAAGGCAUGUAUGUAAAGAUAGGCAAGCUUUUAAGACUCUCAAAGAGUUGCAAGAUGGGCCGGUCUUAUACAUGGGAAAUGAUUCUACUGUGCAAAUUCAAGGAAUUGGGCAAGUAGAGUUGGAAUUAACUUCCGGAAAGAAAUUAAUUCUUAAUGAUGUGUACUUUGUACCACAAAUCCGGAAAAAUCUUGUCUCUGGUGGCAUCCUAAAUAACUUUGGGUUUAAACUUAGCUUUGAAGCAAAUCAAUUUAUUUUAUCUAAGGGUGGUGUAUUUGUAGGCCAAAGUUUCUUUUGUAAUGGCAUGUUCAAACUAAGUGUUGUAAAUAAAGUUGUUAAUUCUGUUUAUAUGGUUUGUGAUUCUUCUUUGUGGCA